UAAAGUAUAAUACAUAAUACUGGAGCAAUUGGGAGCUCUAAAAUGUCAAUUUGGUAAUGUAAAAAUGAAUUGGGUGAGGCAAAUGAGACACAUAACACUCUAACUCUAAUGUAACACUAUCCACUUACUUAGUAUUUGUGUCAUUGGGUUUUUAUGCACUUUAUUUUUGGCGUCGUUGGGCAAAAUGUUCACAAUAAUCUUUCAGCAAGUGGCCUGAGAGAAAACUAGACCUUUGGCUUUGCACAUCUUUACUCUGUAUUCAGGGUUCAGAAAUUCUGAUGUAAGCGUGAAGGGAGACUUUGGUCAAUCAAAGGUCAUUUUAAGAUAGAGAGAGCAUUCCUAUUGGCUGUUCUGCGCAUGCAUUGCCCGUGCGAGUGAGGGGAGAGGGGGGGAGCUGCAGGAAGAGGUCUCACUCUACUUCAAAUUAUAGCACGGAUUUUUUUUUUUUAUUUUGUUUUUUGCAUUUACCCACUGCAGCUUUUAACUGAAUCAGCAGAAUUUCAAUUUGAGUUAAAUAUUUACAACUUAGCAAAUCUGAAUAUUGAUCAGCAGAAAUGUAGGUUAAUUUAAAAUUAUUUUACUAGAUUUACUAGACUAGCUUCAAAAGGUGGCUGUCCACUGAUUAAAAUGUCUUGUGGCAACAGGGACAAACGAUUUUCUAUUGGCCUUAAUGUAUUUUCUUUGCACUAAGGCAGGUCUAGAGAGGGUAAACAUAUGUUAGGGUGUAGGGUGGGCUGUUGACUUUUGUUUUAGAGACGGACAGUGAAGCACAGGCGAGAUUUAUGUCGGCGGUAUUAAAACAUUUCACCGCUGAGAUCCCGCAUCUUUCCCUUUAAAGGCGUGCAGUGAUGAGUCGCUGGUUGUAUGCUCAUCGGCAGACCCACUGUGUCACAUUUUUUAUUCUGAUGAGAUAAUAGAAGACGAUGCUUUUAUAUUAAAUUGGAUUUGCCGGUGAUCGCGGCUGGGCUCUGAGGAGGAGAUAUUUAAUUCUGGUGUAAAAUUGAGAUUUUCUGGACCAUUUGGUGCUGAAAUGUGGAAUCGCUCAAUUUCAAGGACGUAUUCCUGAUCUUUUUUUUUCUUUCUUUUUUUCUCCUCCUCCGGCUAAUGAUUUGUGUUGGAAAAAAUAGGCUUACGAAACCAUCAGGUCAGAUCCUGUGUGGUGUCAGCCCCGAGGCGUUUGUUGCAGUACAAACAAGCCGAAGGAAACAGGAUGGCAUAUUACGCUGCGCUUUAUAAUCAGACGUGGGUUUUGGUCCCUUGCGACGCAAGGCGUAGAUCUGCCGUAAUGAUGUGAUCAGACCGGGAUCCGUGGUUUCUCGCUGCGCUACCUCCGAACAGAGUCGCUCAUAAUGCCGAGGGCUUUGCGGAGACUGCUCCAUUUGGUGCUGUUCUGCCCUCUGUCCAAAGGUCUGCAGAGUCGUCUCCCUGCCAUUAAGGUGAAGUACCUUCUCCUGAUAUGGCUGGGCAUCCUCAUCGCCAGCUGGGUCAUCUACAUGCAGUAUGCAUCUUACUCUGAACUCUGCCGUGGGCAUGUGUGCCACAUGGUCAUUUGCGAUCACUACAGAAGGGGCAUAAUAUCAGGCUCGUCCUGCAAGGCAUUGUGUGAGCAGAGAACCCUAACCCUGCAGCACUGCAUGUCCACCUCAUCUACAUAUCAGGUGUACAGUGGACUGUGGAAGGAGAGACCUGUUGUGAUCAAGUGUGGGAUUGAGGAUCCAGUGAAGAUUGAUGGGUCUCCAGACUCUGUACUGCGACAGGAGAUGAGCUUAUUUGACAAACCCACUCGUGGAACCUCUAUGGAUGAAUUUAAAGAGAUGCUGCACAGUUUCCUCAAGGCUAACCUUGGUGAGCAGCAAUCUUUGAGCACCUUGGUGGACAGGGUCAUUACCCUGGCGGAUGUCAACCAGGAUGGCAAAGUGUCUCUAGCUGAGGCCAAGUCCAUCUGGGCUCUUCUCCAGAUGAACGAGUACCUCCUGAUGGUGGCGCUGCAGGAGAAGGAGCACACCCCUAAGCUGCUGGGCUUCUGUGGAGACUUGUAUGUGACAGAACGUGUGGGCCACAGCUCCCUCUACAGGCUAGAGGUGCCUCAUUACCUGCAGGCCCUGGUCCCAGAGGCCCUGAGCACCAGCCUGAACCACUGGCUCGCACCAGCCUGGCCCCGCAGGGCUCGCAUCACCAUCGGCCUGCUGGAGUUUGUGGAAGAGGUCUUCCACGGGUCCUACGGGAGUUUCCUAAUAUGCGAUGCCAGUCCUCGCCAUGUGGGCUACAAUGCAAAGUACGACUGCAAGAUGGCCAACCUGCGAAGUGUGGCAUCUGAGGCAGUUGUGCGGGGAUUUUUGAGGGGACGGCGAUGUGAGACUAACGCCGACUGCACCUACGGCCGGGACUGCACGGCCACCUGCGAUCGACUAGUGAAGCAGUGCAACACCGAGGUUUUACAGCCCAAUCUUGCAAAGGUGUGCGUGCUGCUGCAGGAUUUUCUGCUUUUUGGAGCACCUUCAGACCUCCGAGGGGAUCUGGAAAAGCAGCUACGCACCUGUGUGACACUCAGCGGUCUGGCAAGCCAGAUGGAGGUGCACCACUCACUAGUCCUCAACAACCUGAAGACAUUACUGUGGAAGAAAAUUUCUAACACUCAGUACUCUUGAAAACAGGUUGUGAUUAUCUGUCCUGUACCUCUACACAAUGAGCGAAUUAAUACAUGAACAUGAGGAGUUUUUGCUUAUGAAGCUUUGCCAAAUGUCUUAGAGGGUGGUCGUUAUUAAUGUAUUUGUACUCUACAUUGACUGUGAAUAGCAGGGAACUGUGAAAUAAUGAAUAUACAAUAUGAAACAGCAGAUGAAGAAGACUAUUUCUUACUUUUGUUUUCCAAUGCAUUCUUUUUAGAAAGCACAUUCAUCUGUUUAGACAUAAUAUUCUCAGGGCACUGCCUAUAACUUUAUUCGUAAAACAAUCUGUGAGUAAACUGAGUUUUGAAAAUAGUUUAUAGAAUACUGUCUAUCCCUAGAGAGUCAGAAUGUCAAAUUUAGCACGUUGUGAUAAUUUUUGUACAGCUGUAAAUAUUGGUGGAACUCCGCUGUUUCCUGUGUAUCAAUGAAUCUCCAUGUGAAGCAGAGACACGACACAAAUAAUGGAUGGAAUAAUGCAUAUAUACAGUAUCACUGUCCCUCCUGGUAUUGAUCUGAUAUUGACAAUGUAUUUAAAUCCACCUGAACAGACUGGACUUGAUGAUCAUCAGACAAAAUCAAACUUGAAUUAACUUCUAAUCCAUGAAUAAACAUACGUUGUUUAAACUAAUUUUCAACUAUUGUGAAUAAAAUUGCAUUUAUCUAAACUGGGUAGCUGGUGUCAGGACAGAAGUAAAGAAAUUGGAGGAGUCAGACAGAUGUUCUCUUAGCAAGUAGAAGUAGAUCACAUAUACUGACCUUUUAGAGCACUCAGUUUUGUACAGUAUAUGAUUGAAAACUGGUAUACCUUUCAUUUUUUCCUUUACCGGACCAACAUUUCUGUCAUAAUUCAUUUUGAAACUAUGAUUCUUUGAUUCAAGAUACAAAAACCAUCUCAUUUUUAGUCAGCUUUUGCGGCUAUUGGUCUUAUGUGCUAUUGUCAUGAUAUAGUGGCAGUUUCAGCAAAUGUGACAAGACGUUAUUAAAAAAAAAAAAGUAACUUACUGACUUACCUAAAUUUUGCAACUAACUACUAAAGCUUUUUGUAUAUAAUUGUUGCCAUGAUUUAGAGAAAAUACAGCACUGUCAUCUGUUAGCAUUCAACUCAUUUCAGAAUAAGAAACAUUUGUUGCUGAUUAAUCUAAAGUAGACAUGCUGUUCCUUGGUUGUGUUAUUUGUUUGAAGUUUAAGUAAAACUGUAUUAGUUCCGAGUUAAAUUUGUCUUGAGACACAUUUACAGGAAUAAUGAAAUAUGACAAAAAUGACAUUGUUCCUUUAUUCAUGUGCACAUUGAAAUUAAAGUUCACUGCCCAGUAGAUGCCUACGCCUGCCUGCAAUGAUGUGGACAUUAUGUGUUGGAUGAGGGCAAGUAUGUGUCGAGGAAUCAAGCAACACAGAUCUGUUCUGUUUGUGCCCUGUGGGACAGUGUCACGUCUACUGUAGGCAGUUCCCUCCCUGCCAUGAAAAAAAAGGGAAUUUCUGCAUCAGUUGUCCUGUUUGUCACAGGUCCUGCCCUGGUUCUUUUUGGCACUAGUUGUGGAUCUACAAGAGGCUCUCCCUUGGGUCUGUAUGGAACACGCUCCUCAAAUGAUCUAGGCCUGGCCACGGACUUUUGCAGCCUCAGAUCCCUUUUUUACUGUAGGCCCUUUGCUAGUCCUCCUGACUGGCCCCAAUUCCUUGGCAGCUGCAUACCCUUUUUGGGGUUUUAUUGUGGUAUGGGCAAUUAUUCAGACUGCAGGUAAAUACAACUGCCACACCCUUUGUUUGAUUUUUGUCCCUGCUUUUUGUUUUGAAACUAAUUAUUGGAGGAGCUUUCUUUUUGAUAGGUGGAAGUACUUUCCUUGUAGAUGGUAUAGACGGUUUUGUGUCUUUUUGAGAGGGAAUCCUUACUGAUGAUGUUUUAGCUCUCUCUUCACGUGGUGGUGGUACUGGUCUUGGUUUCUCUUAAGCAGUUAGACCCACACUCUCCUGUCACCCGGGAAUCCUGACUGAAGACACUCUCUUUGUCCUCCGUCUCACCUCAUUGGGAGGUGAUACCAUGAAGGACGCAGAGGGUGUACUGGACAUUCUGGAUGUAGGUAAAGAUUCAUCUGCAAAUGGUUUUGGGGUCUCUGUCCUUUUCUGAGUCUUUUGCAAGAAGACGUGCUCUUCAAAAGUCAAUAAAGGUCAAUAAAAAAGAAAUGAAAAACCAUG